CCGCGACUGAAACAGUCAAUGAGAUGCCCAGCGACCGCUUCCACAAGUUCCUCGAAGCGCGGCAGCUCGUGCUGCACUCGGCGUCGGGCGUCGGCGUCCUGGCCGCGCCGCACCUGAGCCUCCGCGCGUACAAGGCCCGCAACGCCGCACCGUCGCUCUGGAAAGGCAUGAGCCGCGUGGCCACCGGCGCGACCGUCGACCGCCUCCGAUCGAUCCUCGGCGCAAAGGACGACGACCGGUUCGCGUCGGUCGUUGUCGACGCGCGCCUCGACGUGCCCAUCGCGAUUCACGCUGACGCGCCCGAUGUCGCCGAGAGCUACACGCACGCGACGCGCGGCCUCAAGCCCGUGGCCUUUCCGCCCUUGACCCACGCGCUCCCGCAUGCGCUCGCCCACCGCCGAGCGUACGACGAGCACAUUCUGGAGCUGCGCCGCGAAAUUGACGCCGCCGCCGGCUUCCACGACGUUGCCACGUCAUCGUCCGAGGUCCCAACGACCAGCUAAGUCGUGUACAAAAACCAAAACCAAAAAACCUCAAAAUUGGACUUUACGAGGUGUUAA